AUGUCUGGCAAGUACGCUUUCACCACGGCCCUCAAGGAGGUGCGCUUCCUCUUCUGCCAGACCUCCGAGCACAGCGCCGCGACCAGGUCUUUCCUCACGAGGACAUACCCCACCAUGAAGAAGCACAACCCUCAGACCCCCAUCAUGCUGCGCGAAGCGGCCGGCACCCUGCCCAAGGUGUUUGCGCGAUACGAAUACGGCGUCGAGAAGUCGCAGAGCCUCGAGGGUCUGUCCGACAAGCAGAUCGAGGAGACCGUGACUGGGCUGGUCAGGACCACAGCGUAG